AUGGCACAGUAUAUCCCCAAAAUUACUUCCGAUUCUCUCCAUCGCAAGGUCGUCCUGAUCACAGGUGGUGCCAAUGGAAUCGGUGCUUGUCUAGUGAAGCAAUGCUUGGAAAGCGGCGCCAACGUCUGCAUUGGCGACUUGGAUAACAUCUCGGGUGAGCGUCUGCUAAAGAACUGUCGCGACAACUUCCACCCAGAGGAAGAGGAUAUGCCCCCACGGGCAAUCUUUCAGACCACUGAUGUUACGAACUAUCCAUCGGUGCUGGCGCUGUUCGAUCUGGCUUUCAAGACCUAUAAACGCAUCGAUCACGUCGUCUCUGCGGCGGGGAUCGUAGAAAUCGGCAAUUGGUUUGACUUUGGACUUACGCUGGAGGACGUUCGCCAGACUCCAACCCAUAAAGUCCUGGAUGUCAACCUCCUUGGCUCCAUGUACGUCUCCCGCCUCGCAUCUGUAUACUUGCGUCACAACCGCGGAGGCAACUCCGAUCGGUCUAUUCUCUUGUUCUCUUGUGUCUCUGGUUUCAAGGAGAGCCCAUCCCUCUUCAUCUACCAGGCCUCCAAGCACGGUGUCACUGGGCUCAUGCGCUCCCUACGCAACUACAUCUCCUCCCCGUAUAAGCAUUCCCUCCGUAUCAAUACGAUAUGUCCAUGGGUGACCCAGACCGAGAGCAUCAAAAAGGUUGAGGCACAAUGGAAGAAUGCUGAUCUUCCAACCAAUACUCCGGACGAGGUUGCUACGGUGGCCACUGGAGUCUUGAAUGACCCGUCACUCAACGGUACGUCCAUGUUCGUUGAAGGAGGUCGUGCCUGGGAGAUCGAACACAAUAUUAACCGACUGGAGUCGGAAUGGUUGGGCGAAGCUCCGUCUAAAGUGCUCGGAUUGGGCCAACAGUUGCUCGCUGACGGGGCUAUCUGGACUGCCCCGGAGCGAGUUCGGAAGAGGAGCAGCGUCUCCUGCGGAAUACCACCGGGUGUGCCUCUCCAUAAGAUCAACGGCCUCUCGAAUGGCAUAAAGAAUGGCAUCUCCAAUGGCAUGAACAGCAGCAUAACGAAUGGAACAACCAACGCAUUGCCCAACGGGCUCGCCAAUGGAGUGCUUAACGGAGCCACGAACGGGAUGCAUUAA